AUGUGGCCCCGCUCGGUGCCGGCGGGGCUCCCGCUGGCGCCGCCGCCGCUGCCCUCGGCUCCGCAGCCGCCGCACAACCCGAAACCGAGCGGCAGGGCAGAGGCAGCGCUGCUCUCCGGGGAGGAUGCGGUCGCUAGGGCUCCCCUGCCGUGUUUAUCGCCGCACAGUGACCCACCCAUGGAAAAAAAACUAAGGAAAUGGGACCGCAAACACGAGGAGCAGCAGGUGGAAGGAGGGAUCGUCUCCAAGAACUUCACCAAGAAAAUCCAGCUGCCCUACGAGGUGGAUCCCAUCACGGUCUUUGCCUCCUUGUCUCCGGAGGGGCUGCUGAUCAUUGAGGCGCCCCAGAUCCCCCCCUACCAGCAGUACGGCGAGGGCGGCUGCGGCAGCGAGAUCCCCGUGGAGAGCCAGGAGGCCACCUGUGCCUGA